UAAAUAUCCUGGAUAAUGUGCAGGACAGAAAUAACUACAGCAUCACUGAAGAACUUUCUUCACUUUAUUUAGCUGUUCUUGCAUGUAGCUCCCAAUCUUUGCACUGCUUCAGUUUGCGGAGCAUUUAUUUUUGAGUCAGCUGCAUUUGUUAAGACUGUAAUAACGAAAGGCAUUUCCUGAGAAGCUGCAAGGAUGAGCAGCAAGAAAGAACAACAGCUAAGGAAAUACUGGAUCCUAGUAGUGCUUUUUAUCUUCCAAGUUCAGAUUUUUGGUUUUGAUGUUGACAAUCGACCUACAACAGAUGUCUGCUCGACACACACAAUUUUACCUGGACCAAAAGGAGAUGAAGGUGGAAAAGGAGAUAGAGGAGAAGUGGGCAAACAAGGAAAAGUUGGACCAAAAGGACCAAAAGGAAACAAAGGAUCUGUGGGAGAUGGUGGUGACCAAGGAAUGCUUGGGAAAAUUGGUCCAAUUGGUGGAAAGGGUGACAAAGGAGCCAAAGGCUUACCAGGCAUUUCUGGAAGAAAGGGAAAAGCAGGCACUGUCUGUGACUGUGGAAGAUACCGCAGAGUUGUUGGACAACUGAAUAUUAAUGUUGCUCGUCUCAACACAUCCAUCAAGUUUCUAAAGAAUGUUAUAGCAGGUAUCAGGGAAACAGAUGAGAAAUUCUAUUACAUCGUGAAAGAAGAGAAGAAUUACAGAGAAGCCUUGAUCCACUGCAGGGACAGAGGGGGAACAUUGGCCAUGCCUAAAGAUGAGGCAACUAACACCCUGAUUGCUGACUACAUCUCCAGCAGCGGCCUUUUCCGGGCUUUCAUUGGGCUGAAUGACAUGGAAAAAGAAGGACAGUUUGUGUAUGCAGACAACAGCCCGCUGCAGAACUACAGUAACUGGAAGGAAGGGGAGCCCCACGACUCAACUGGCCGCAAGGACUGUGUGGAAAUGCUCAGCACAGGAGAGUGGAAUGAUUCUGAGUGCCAAGUCACCAUCUACUUUGUCUGUGAAUUCCUCAAGAAGAGAAAAUAGAAGUGCCACAGAAUGUGCCUGGCACCUGCUGUACAUACAAUAAGCCCUCCUCGUUCAGGGAGGGGACAGGGCUCAAUCCAGCCUUCACCUCACUGGGUUAAGCAAAAGUGAGUACUGUUAAGACAGCAGUGACCACAAAGUUAGCAGAAGUUUGCAGGGGACACCCAACCAAUUUAUAGAGGCAAAUUUAGAGCACAUAGAAGUGCAUAUGAUUUCAAUAAUUCCAGAAACAGUAAACUCACGAGUAUAUUAAUUACUGAUGUGCUUCUCACAGAUGGAAAGAGUAUGAUCUUUACUCAUCCUUGAUGGGCACAGAAGUCCCAGGAACUUCCCUGGUAACUCCAGAGCUAGGAAAACAGAUUUGUGGUUUCUCUUGAAAAAAAUCCCUUUUUUUGUGAGGAGCAUUGAGUAAUCUAAAUUGGAAGGGAUCUCUGGAGGACAUCUGGUUGAAACUUCCAUGGAGAGCAGGACUACCUUCAAACUUAGAAGUUGUCAUACUCUCCUUAAUUUGGCUGUGCAAUUUUAUUGCCUGAUAUGCAAGGGAGGACUCGCUUAUCUCCGCUUUCAACCCUGUUCUCUAUCAGACUGGUCUGAGAUGUGAGGAAUUCAUUUUGCAAUAGCACUUCUACAUGUAAGUCUGCACAGCUUGUAGGCAAUCUGCAAACAGAAGGAGCAGUUCUAGCCACUGAUGUCCCUCAAAGUCUUUGAAAAACAGAGAAGUCUAGCACAAAAAGAACAGGGCAAAGGAAGGAACACCAUUGCUGUAGGCUGUAAGCAAGCACAUGUAGUGUCAGUUAUACCAGUGUGCAUUACUGGUUUAACAAGUGAUUCUAGGAACAUGUUAACUCCCUAAAGUAGCCAGUGAUGUUUAAUGUCUAAUGCUAAAAUCAUCCAUGCUGUUGCAACACUGAAAGUAGCUAUAGAACAAGCUUUACCACACUCAUACCAGCAAAGCAUAUCAGGGAAAUACCAAAGUAGCUGCUUCAGCAGAGCGUAUCUUAUCCUAGAGGACCACCAGAAAACCCCACAGGCCUCUCCUCAUUUAACACCAUAAGGGAUACUCCCAAAAUUGAUUUCAUACAAGCAUGGCUAUGGUUGAGUGACUAUAGAUACGAGGUGGUGGAUGUGUGAAUCACACGCAAAGGGGUAAAAGUGCCAGUGCCCACUUAUCUGUUGUGCAGACCUGGGAGGUGGAGGCCUGAGAGAUCAGCAGGAGAAGCAGACAAGGGAGGGAUCCUUGCGGUGGCAAAACUGUCCUGUUAUGGCUAUGAAUUGCAGGUCAAGGAGACAAGGACCUUCAAAACAGUUUCAACAAGGCCACAGUGCCUGGAGUGAGGCCUUUGCCUAAUUAACCCUAAAAUUAAUAUUAACAUUAACUCCCUGAAUAUGGUAAUGAGCUAAAAGAUGUGCAUGCUGAACAUACAGGACUGUGUUCUCCCACUCUCCACCCAAAGAAUGUUAAACGUCACCCCAGGGAGGGGACAUGUAUUGCAUAUGUAUUAGGCUUCUUAGAAAUAGGCAGGUAACUCUUGGAAAUAAUAUGAAUAUUCAUUUUCUUUAGUGUAUAUAAUGAGUGUUCUUUUGUCUCCAGGUGUGCAUGAUUGGCAGAGAGAUCCUCCAUGCACCCAGCACUGUAAUAAACUCAUGUCGGCUUUCUAAGCUACAAAAA